GUUUCCAUCCGUAAUCGUAUUCAUAUGUGGUCGAUAGUUACUUCAUCCUAAAAUUUACAAACUUCAAUGUGUAAUUAUUUAUUUAGAGUGUUAAAAUGACCAAUAAAAGUUUGGAUAUAGUAAAAACUAUUGAUGAAAACGAUGAUGUACCAGAUUUUUCAGAAGAUUCGGAUGAAGAAAUUGAGUAUCAACCGAGCAAAAAAAAAACCAAGAAAGCGAUUGAUUUCGACUCUGGAUUUGACUUUGUUAGCUCAGUUUCAGAAUACAAUCGUGAUACAUGGAACGAUCUUGCCAAGUAUGUGAAACGGCGUGUAAAAUCAAAAGUGGAUGACAAAAUUCAGCAGUUCAGAAACAUGACACCAAAUCCGGACGAAGAUGUUGAAACAGAAGAAAUAGUAAGUGUUGACGGUGAACGGAAAGAGGUAGGAACCAAUCAGGAUGGUGACGAAGAGUCUGACGCUGAAUACUCUUUGUCUGAGGACGAGCUUAAGAAUGACAAUGUGAGGAUAAAAGAGACGAGUAUCAAGAGAAAGAAGAAUAAAAAGAUUUCAAAUGAGCUCGAGGAUGACAACACAAACUUUUUUGAGGACGCGCCUCCUCCCGAUCCGAAUGCCAACUUCUAUCAGAUGAAUCUUUCGCGACCCCUGCUCAAGGCCAUCGCUGCCAUGAGGUUCGUGCAGCCCACGCCCAUCCAGGCGGCCACGGUGCCGCUGGCGCUGCUGGGACGGGACGUGUGCGGCUGCGCGGCGACCGGCACGGGCAAGACGGCCGCCUACAUGCUGCCCACGCUCGAGCGGCUGCUGUACCGGCCGCGCGACGGGUCGGCAGUCACGCGUGUGCUGGUGCUGGUGCCCACCCGGGAGCUGGGCGUUCAGGUCUAUCAAGUCACUCGACAGCUUGCUCAGUUCACGACCGUCGAGGUGGGCCUUUCUGUCGGUGGUCUGGAUUUGAAAGUACAGGAAUCAGUGUUGAGAAAGAACCCUGACAUCGUAAUUGCCACUCCAGGCCGACUGAUAGACCACUUGAAGAACACUCCAACUUUCAGCCUCGACAAAAUCGAAGUGCUGGUUCUGGACGAGGCAGACAGGAUGCUGGACGAGCACUUCGCGGAGCAGAUGAAGGCGAUCGUGCGUGAGUGCGCGCGCUCGCGCCAGACGAUGCUGUUCUCGGCCACGAUGACGGACGAGGUGCGAGACCUUGCGGCCGUGUCGCUCAGCCGGCCCGUCAGGGUGUUCGUGGACAGCAACCAGGUGGUGGCCUUCAACCUGCGCCAGGAGUUCGUGAGGAUCCGACCGAACUGCCAGUCGGACCGAGAGCCGCUGCUGGCGGCCCUUGUGUGCCGCACCUUCCACGACCACGUCAUGGUGUUCGUGCAGACGAAGAAGCAGGCCCACCGCCUGCACAUCAUGCUCGGCCUCAUGGGCGUCAAGGUGGGGGAGCUGCACGGCAACCUGACCCAGCCCCAGCGCCUGGAGGCGCUGCGCAAGUUCAAGGACGAGGAGACGGACGUGCUGGUCGCCACGGACGUGGCGGCGCGGGGGCUGGACAUCCACGGCGUGAAGACCGUCAUCAACUUCAUGAUGCCGGCCACGCUGGAGCAGUACAUCCACCGCGUGGGCCGCACGGCGCGUGCCGGCCGCUCCGGGGUGUCCGUGUCGCUGGCGGGCGAGCGCGAGAGGAAGGUCGUCAAGGGGGUCAUCAAGAACUCCACCAGCUCCGUCAAGUGCCGCGUCAUCCCGCCCGACGUGCUGGAGAAGUACCGCAAGCGCGUGCAGGACCUGGACGAGAAGGUUGAGGCUAUCAUGCUGGAGGAGUACGAGGAGAGGAAGCUCAACUGGCUGGAGAUGAAGGCCAACAAGGCACAGAAGCUGCUGAACGAGCGGAGGGAGCAGCAGCGACCCCGCGCCUGGUUCCAGACCAAGAAGGAGCGCCUCCUCGAGAAAGCUAAGUUUCGUUUAGCAAACGAGGAUGACAAAGGGAAAAAUGGUGCCUGUGCCAAGAAGAUGAAGAAGGGCAAAAAAGAGGAAGACGACGACGAUGAUGGUGACGAUGAUAAGCCAGGGAAGAUGGAGAAGGGAAGCAAGAUGAAACGAAGGAAGAGGUCGCCAGAAGAGAUGGCGCAGGACAGGGCGGAGGCGGAACUGACGAAGAUCGCGCAGCUGCAGACUAGGAUGGCCAAGCGGAGGAGCAAGCCAAAGAAGAUCAGGACAGUUCCGGACAGCGGCGGUGGAACGGGAAGCUCUCGGCAAGCAGGCGGAGGUUCUCAGAAACGCAAGAAGUCAUCUUUCUCCAAAGAUUUAACGGAUGUUUCUCUGAGAGGAGCGAAGCGAAUGAGGUUUGACGCCAACAAGAAACAGAAGAUGGAUCGGAUGAGCAAGAACAAGCCUGGCGGUGGUGUGGGUGGCAAGGAAUUCGACGGGAAGAAGACCGCGUUCAGACCCCCAAAUCCCAACAGGAACUUCUCUGGAAAAAAGCAACGGAACAGAAGAAAAUGAUAUGCACGAUUUUAAUCCUUGUAAGUUUUGUCAUUGUUAUAAAAACAUUUUGUACGCUAGACAAUAAAGGAAGCUCGUAUUUGUUAUAUAAAAAAAAUAAA